AUGGAACUGAACUCUCCCAACAUCACAGAGGUGACUGAGUUCAUCUUAGUUGGCUUCCAACUUUCCAGAACUUUGGAAUGCUUCUUGUUUUGGAUGUUCCUGUUGAUUUUUCUGCUCACAUUAACUGGGAAUUUCACCAUCAUCACACUGGUAUGCAUGGACCAAUGCCUCCAAACCCCCAUGUACUUCUUCCUCUUCAACUUGUCUCUUCUGGAGACUUUCUUUGUCUUGACCAUCUGCCCAAAGAUGCUCGUCAGCCUGAUUUCUUUGAACAAAGCUAUUUCUUUUGGGGGAUGUAUUGCCCAAUGCUAUUUCUACUUCUCCUUGGGUACCUGUGAGUGCAUUCUUAUUGCUGUGAUGGCCUUUGAUCGCUAUGUUGCUAUCUGCUACCCACUCCGCUAUGCCAUCAUCAUGAGCAAACAUCUCUGUGUCUUCUUGGCUCUGGGCUGCUGGACUGGGGGAUUCCUUCUCCUUCUCGUUCCACUGCUCUUCCUUCUCAGUCUGUCUUUCUGUGGCUCUAACCUCCUUGAUCAUUAUUUCUGUGACUACGCCCCAAUUAUAAAGCUUUCUUGCAGCAAAAAUAUCCAUUUUCUUUUGGAUUUUGAGAUAGCUUUCUCCUUAAUGGUGCUGCUCACCUCCUUAUUUGUCAACGGGGUCUCCUACCUCUACAUUAUUUCCACCGUCCUACGGAUGCAUUCCACCAAGGGCCAGAAGAAGACCUUUUCCACCUGUGCUUCCCACAUUACAGUAGCUACUAUAUUCUAUGGCAGUUCCAUCUUCAUGUACUCCUUUCCUACCAAAGGACGUUCGCAGGGUGUGCAAAAAUCAGUUGCACUUGUCACUGCAGUUAUUACUCCAUUAUUGAAUCCUUUUAUUUACACUCUGAGGAAUCAGAAGGUCAAGGACGUCUUAAAGGACUGUCUAAGGAACUCAUUUCCACAUUGA